UGAAACUUUUUUUUUUUGUUGUCAGAAACGAUUAUUUGAGUUUUAUUUCAAACAACACAGAUGUCGUUUUUAUUGGUUUGUUUGAGAAAAUGAAAGACAACAAAAACAAUAAUAAUUCGACCCACAGUCGGCAAUAACAGGGAGGGCUGCAGGCCGGAGACUCUUUGAACCCCUAUUUAUGUUUUAGGGGCCCCUAUAUAUGGCACUUAGAAUAUAAUAUACAAUACAUAAGCAGCGUGUGGCUGUUUUACAAAGCAGAUGACUGUCCCGCGACACGCACGUAGAAAGCACGAGAGCGGCGCUCAAAAAUAAAGGCGGGAAGCACAAUAACUAACAAAGUCUUCGCGAUGAGGAAGGUCUUUAAACUAAACAGAUUUAAAGAAUAUUUAGACUGACCGGUUGUGGAGUUUCAUCCGUACGAUUUAUUCCUUUAACUGGAUUAUGUGGGUGGUCUUGUGGUGCUGAUAUCAGGCUUUUUAAGGAGACCGUUUUCAUUGGAUUGAGAUAAAACAUGCUGAUGUCGUCUAACUUGUUUUUCAAGAUGGCCCAUGGGAAAAGGCCUUGUGUCACAAUGGAUGCGCAGAGUAAGAAGACAACCUGUCUGUGCACAGUGACACCAGCAGAGAAGGAGGAGGAUGCGCUGAGUCUGGAUUUCGACCUUAUUAUCGACGAUCUUCUGAACAGCCCUCCGCCACACCAGAGAAAUGGAAGCUUUAAAACACCCGAACUGAAAGAGAAAGAGGAGAAGAAGGUGACCCCAGCAGAGGAGGAGGAUUUGGAGAGUCUGGAUUUAAAGGGUCUGAGCCGCGUUAUGGACGAGCUUCUGGACAGCCCUCCGUCACGCCGGAGAAAUGGAAGCUUAAAAACACCCAAACUGAAAGAGAAAGACGAGAAGAAGGUGACCCCAGCAGAGGAGGAGGAUGCGCUGAGUCUGGAUUUCGACCUCAAUAUCGACGAUCUUCUGAACAGCCCUCCGCCACACCGGAGAAAUGGAAGCUUUAAAACACCCGAACUGAAAGAGAAAGAGCAGAAGAGGAAGAUAGUGACGUUCCGAGACUAUGAUGAUGUGUUCACAUUCAGCGCGGAGGAGGAGGAGGAGGAGGAGGAGGGGGCUGAGCUUGACCAGGAAGAACCUGACCAGCUGACGCUGCUCCUGAUUAAGCUUGAGAAAGCAAGGGAGGCUCGGACCCUGGCCAGGUCCCGGGCGAGAGCUGAGGUCGAGGCUGAAGGCAAGGCCAGGGCUGCUAAAGCCAGUACUGAGGCUGAGACGAAAGCUAAGGCUAUGGUUGAAGCUGAGAAUGAGGCCAAGGCCAGGGCUAAGGCCAGUACUGAGGCUGAAGUCAAGGCCAAGGUUGAAGCUGAGAAUGAGGCCAAGGCCAAGGCUGAAGCUAAAGCUAAAGCUGAAGAUGAUGCUAAAGCUAGGAUCAGAGCUAGGCUUCUGCCUGGGUCCAAUGCUGUGCCAGAGGCCUGGGCUGAGGCUAAACCAGAGACCGGGACUGAGGCUAAGACUGGGGCCAGGGCUCAGAGAAAAGCGAAGCUUCUGCCUGGGUCCAAUGCUGUGCCAGAGGCCUGGAUUGAGGCUGAGGCUAAGACUGGGGCUAGGGCUCGGGCUAGGAGAAGAGCUAAGCUCAAUGCUGUGCCAGAGGCCUGGACUGAGCCCUAUGCUGUGCCAGAGGCCUGGACUCUGCCCAAUGCUGUGCCAGAGGCCUGGACUGCGCCCAAUGCUGUGCCAGAGGCCUGGACUGAGAUUAAGCCAAAGGCCAAAACGGACGCCCGAAAGUCACCGGCGGGCAGCUCCAGUGCCGAACAUCCCGAUGAGCCUCACGCCAACGCAGGGAAGGCGGACAUCUCCCGCAACAAGGGCCCCACGACCUGUGCCAGGCUCUUCGGGAAAAUGUGCUGGAAAUGGAGAGCCGAGAAGGUCCAGCGGGAGCGCCCUUUUCUAACACUAACCGAGAUCAACUUCUCCCUUGAUUGCCAUCAGCACCAGCAGCAGCAGCAGCAGCAGAGGGCUAGCAAGGCGUCCACUGCAGAGACCCUUUGCAUGAGCAUGAAGAAAUGUUUUACAAAACGGAUUCAGAAAAUAUUUAAGAAGUCAGGAGGGAAUCCAGAAACUAAAAGCCAGAAGUACAUCAAAAAAACAAAGGAGAAGAAACCCGCGGCCCGCAAACCCGUCGAACACCAAAAUCCCGCCGGCGGCUUCGGAGCCAGAAAAAUGGGCUUGGCUUUUAAAAACCACACCGACCCCAAGAUGUGUUUAUAGGAUUUCUGCGUCCUCCUCUUCCUCCUCCUCCUCUUCCUCACCCUAUUCUAUUCCAAUAGACUCCAAUCUGUAUGAUCUGCUCUGUCUUUUCAACUAAGCUUCUGAUUUCACAGUCGCAGAAGAGGACUUCCGUUGAGUUUCGUUCCUGUUUCAGGGGAUGUAGGCUGACCUACUUUUGGCUGAUUGGAUUGGUACCACCCAGCUGCUCAACCGCAAAAAAGAUGAAGUCGGGGGUCCCCGAGUGGCUCACCUGGCAAA